AUGAGUCCCACCUCUUUUUCCGCCAGGGGGAACAUCCGAAAGAACGAAAGUGAAAGAGAUGGAAGCUCAUACCGUGACAACGUCAAGGUAGUCCACCGGGCAGACCUACCAAGGAACCUUGCAUUCUUCGGAGCUUCGUUGACGGGUUACGAAACAGUGGAAAGUUUGGACUCCAGCCUUUCUGAAAGCUCGUAUUCUUCCAUAUCAAAUUCGGCUCCGGAGUCGAGUGAAUCAGACGACGAGUCCAAUUCCAUACGUUUGGAUGACAGCUUCGAUUCAUUUGACUCAAGCUGGUCUCAGACGAAUGUAGACGGUACUGGCGCGUAUAAGGGCUCUCAUUUUCUAAGCAAGUCCCAGCGACAGGCCAAGGACGAAUUUCGCCAUGGGAUAGUCUCCGAAAGGCAUGCAAGAAAUGCUGGCCAAUGGGACCGUAAAAUCCAACUUGAACUUACCCGCCAAGAGCGCCGCCGCAUUCGACAACUUGUCUUUUUUGCGGUUUCUUUCAUGAUUAGCACCCUGUUCCUUUUCGGUAUUGUUGUGAUCAACAUAGAUCAUCUAUCACCCGAAUCCGAUGUGGCGACUGAGUCCACUCUUUUGUCAACUCCUAUCAUCGAAACACCUGAGCGCGACGCGCUGAUUAUCUAUCGCAUCAUUGGCAACGAUCUUCCACCAAGACAUUCUCCGAAGCAAACGUUGACAAAUCUUCAGUUUUUACUUGAGCAUGAAGGUGAUUUUGAGGAAAUAUCUCGUUACAUCAGCGCUGGUUCCAACCUAGAAUCCGAUGGCGCCUUAGGGGUCUACAAACUGCGGGUCAAAAAGUUCUUUGUACUCAAUCGGAUCGCCAAUCAGACGCAACUUUCCCUGGUCGAAAACAUGCUCAAGUUGCACGGCGUCGAGGAGGGGCAGAUUUUGGUUAACCCAUUCAUUGCGGACGCGUACCGAUCCCAACCAUUUAAUCUGUUGCCCGACAUUGGCUGGGAUAGUGGACUCCAUUCGACGUGGGGCGUCGAUAAAGAAGCCGCGCAAUCAGCUGCCAUUCCAGCCAUCGUAAAACAAAUCUCACCGGAAAAAUCAACCAGCUCAAGCAGAGGAACGAAUUCGGAUAAAUGGAGAGCUCUGGACUUUACUUAUCAUUCCAAAAACCUCUAUGCAAUGAACAAUAAUGGCGGGAGAAAUUUCGCACUUGAACAUGGAAGAUCAAUUCCUGAAGCACGAUGGAUUCUUCCGUUGGAUGGAAACUGUUUCUUUACCCGAGCCUCUUUAUAUUCACUCGCCACCUCUCUGCGCGACUCAGACUUACAACCCGAUCCUCCCUCUCAUGUUGUUAUUCCUAUGUCACGAUUGCUUGAUAACAAACAAGCAGCAGAUCAGAACAAGCCAAUCACACCAAGCACAUUCGACCAGGAAAGGGGCUUCAGACCACAGACCAGGGAUGAACCACAGGUUGGCUUCCGUUUCACCUCCAAGGAAACAUAUUCUCCUGAUAUGCGUUAUGGACGCAGGUCCAAGUUGGAACUUUUGUGGAGGUUAGGUGCCAUUGAUCGAGGCCGCAACCUCGACAAAAAAACUGGCGACUGGGAAGUUAUGGAAAAAAAUAUCUUAACCUCCAGAUCAUAUGGCACAAUCAAGCGAACCUUCCAAAGGUCAUCUGCCACUAGUAAUCCUAGAGCAAGGAACCAUGCCAAUCAAGGUAGACCCGAUUUUCUUCGCGCUGGAUGGGUUUUGAGGCUAUUCUCUGGCGAUCAAAGUCAAGAGGAGCACUCCGAAAAAGCUAGAAGUCGUCGUUCCGUGAGCAGGAUGAAGGGAAUUAUUUCGUUCUUGGAGGGCAUCGAUGAAUCGAUUGCUAGAAGUUCUUCGACCUGCGACCAAAGCCAUUUGAACAAGAAUUGCGGGUUUGCAACUUGGCGCUUGUGGAGCUUGAAUGGCGAGGAGCUGGAGAAAAUGAAACUACAGCACAUCAAUAAAGACCCGAGCGUUACACCCUUGGUCCACAAACUUGUCCAACUUUCCGAAAGCUUUGCCGCUCAUGCUUCAUCUAUCCUUGCUAAAGGUGAAAAAGAGGUGGCUAUAAGUUUGGACAUACCCGCAAUUCCCAACACUAUCUUCAUUUUAGCCUUGACCGCAUAUCUCACGGAUGACGAAAAGUGCGCGGAUAUGGCAGCAAGUUUGGCAAAUAUGAUGUUCUUACAGUCACCAUUUUCACAGUCACCUGACGCGUUCCAAGUCAAGCUCAAUACACAAUUGCAAUCACUUCGCCUUCAAACGGAUUACGACGGCUUCGGGUACGCUUUUCCGAUACCCAGACAUGAGAAUGCUUUACCAAAUUGGAUGAAAGACACCGCGCUGGAUUAUAUGCCAUUCAAUCCAUACACAUUUGACCCCACACUACUCCUCGAUGGGAUCCGCUUAUUGCAAAGUGAAUGGAGAACGAUGAGCGACAAACCGCAAAGUGAAUGGCUUCGACAAUCUUUACGAGAAAAUUUACCCAAGCAAAAGCUGCAAGAACUCUUUACAUUACAAAUCAGCUAUCUCUUAUUGAACGAUUCAAUGGCGCAAGACUCCUUCACUCGAAAUACAAACGAAGUUGAAGGCAUAAACUACGCUUUGAAGUUGAGUGCGUUGGCCAGUUUCACGAACGAUGUCAGAUUAUUAAAUAGGAUUUGGAGUCGAACCCCAGUUGAAAUGCCUUUGCUCUUGAAGACCAAGAUGGUUGAUUCGGAUCCCUCGAAAACUGACUUGGUUUUGGACCAACAAGUUUCUACAGAUUUCGCUACUCUUUACCAGCGCUUUCGUACCGGUUUCCACAACAUCAAGAUGCAACCAUCUUCAAAGUCAAACCCUCAGAAAAUUUCCAGCUAA